CUAAUCAAAUAUUUGCAAGCAUUAUAAUUAUACCCUUACCACACACUUUAACAACUGAUAUCUCACUAUUCACAAUAGAAUAAAUUCAUAUAGAUAAACAUACGAUUUCUAUCAGGCGGUAGUGUUUUUAUUUAAAUUUGAUUACAAUUUUUUAUAUAAUGAGACGUUCUAAUGCACCUUCUAUGCUAAAAGCAGCAAAAUCAAAAAAUGGAGUUCUAAGUUCAGAUUUUGAAACAAUUACAGACUAUGCUACGCAAAUGGAAAAUUGGGGAACAAAGGCGAAUAUAAAUAAAGUCCAAGAAACAAUGCAAAAUAAGAGAGUAUUUAAUGUUCUUUGGCGUGAAGUUAGUAUGAAGAAAAACAAAACAUGGAAAGGAGAUGGUACACUAGAGUUUAAUUCAGAAAACAAGCGAGGAUCGUUAAAAGAUGACACAGGCAAAUACAUGGGUAAUAUAACGAUUUUUAGAGAAGAUGUAUUGCAGGAAGGAUAUCAAAUGAUAAUCAACGGAAAGGAAAUUGAAUUACAGGACGAAAUACAGGAUUUAAAUGAACAUGUACUAUUGCGUAAAAGGCAAAUUGCUAACCAUUUUAUGGAUGAAAGCAAGCAAGAAGAACCUAAAGAGAAGAAACCGAAAGGUGCAUUUGUAUUUCAGUCUAAUUUAAUAUUAAAUGCACCAACAAUGCCUAAAACAAAUUUAAACAAAAACCCUAAUAGAUAUACUUUUAAUAAAAAUGAUAAGCAAAAUGAACAAAAAGUUCAGAUCUUAAGCUGUACAUCUCCAAAUGAGACAAAGAUUCCUUUUCUUAAUAAAUUGGACAAUGAUAGUAGGAAUAAAACGAGUGAAACAUUGGAUCCUGAAGUAUCCAGUGAAGUUUGCGAAAUAAACGAAAAACAAAGCGAUAUUGUUAUAUCUCCCAAUUUAUUAAAACAUUUACGCCCACAUCAAGAAUCUGGAGUUAGUUUUGUAUACAAUUGCUUAAUGGGUUAUCAGAAUCCCAAAUUUUUUGGAUGCAUUUUAGCCGAUGAAAUGGGACUUGGUAAAACAUUGCAAGUACUAACUGUUGCGCACUGCCUUUUAAGAAAGGACGGAGAUAAUGGUAAAAAUAUAGUACGUCGUGUACUUAUAGUUGUACCGUCAAGUCUUACUUCAAAUUGGAACAACGAAUUAAAUAAAUGGCUAAAUGUAGAACGUGUGUAUGCGCAUGUAGUGAAUGCAAAGCACAAGUUAGAUUCUUACUUGCAACAAAAACAUAUACCAUUCGUUAUUGCUUCAUAUGAAACUGUACUAUCGAAAUCAGCGGAAUUCUCAAAUUACGAAUUCGAUUUGUUAAUAUGUGAUGAAGGACAUCGUUUAAAAAAUCAAACAAACAAAAUUUAUAAAAUCCUAUCUGAUCUUAAAAUUCUCAGACGUGUUAUACUCACUGGCACACCUGUACAAAAUAAUUUGCAGGAGUUUUUUUGCCUAGCUGACUUUGUUAAUCCUAAUAUUUUUGGAACAUACAAACAUUUUCGGCAACAUUUUGAAAUUCCAUUGCAACAGAGCCAGAGUCCUGAAGCCACAGAAGAGAUAAAAGAUUUAGCAACAAAACGAUCAUUGGAACUUAAUCGCAUAUCAAAGAAUUUUCUUUUGCGGCGCUUACAAAAGGAGAAUAAAAAAUAUUUGCCUAAGAAACGAGAAUAUAUUUGCUUCGUACGUCCUUCCGAGUUACAAACUCUACUACUAGAAAAGGCUUUGGACGUGUAUAAAACUCGACAAGAAACAAUAGCACAGGAAUUGAGUCCGUUGCAAAUAAUAACAGUGCUUAAAAAGAUUUGUAAUCAUCCAUCUUUAAUAUCUACUUGUAAGUCUAAUAAUAUACUUACACGAUAUUUGGAAAAAUAUUUACCUGACUGGUCAGAAAUGGGUCCAUUCCAUUCAGGUAAACUUGAACUUUUGCAGCACUUCUUAACUGCAGCAGCCUUAGACAAACAAGAGAAAACUGUGAUAGUAUCGAACCAUACUAAAACAUUAAAUAUGAUUGAAGGACUUUGUGAUUAUUUAAAUAUCAAAUGUUUACGAUUAGAUGGUUCAACGACCAUAACCGAACGUAAUCAAAAUGUUAAAGAGUUUAACUCUAAUUCAAAUACUACCGAACUUGUAUUCCUUUUAAGUGCUAAAGCUGGAGGAGUGGGUCUUAAUCUAAUUGGUGCAUCUCGUUUAAUACUUUUCGACAAUGAUUGGAAUCCAGCAACAGAUGCUCAAGCCAUGGGACGCAUAUGGCGUGAUGGACAGUCUAAUGAUGUGCAUGUUUAUCGUUUAAUUACAGCUGGUUGUAUUGAAGAGAAAAUUUUUCAAAGACAAAUCUCUAAAAAAACAUUAGAAAAUUGUGUUUUCGAAUCUGAGGAUAAAACUAAUCAAACUAUUAAAUUUUCAAAUGGUGAACUUUUGAAUUUAUUUACGCUCCAAACAGAUAUGACUACAUGUCAAACCCACGAAUUACUGAAAUGCGAUUGUUUGGAAAACGGUCAGAAUUUAGAUAAAACCGAUUAUUCUAGAGAAGAUAAACAAAUAAAUGAACUUUUUAAAUGGGAACACUACAAGGCACCAUUCGACAACAUUUUCUUAGAGGAAGCGUGUCUGCAAAAUGCAAUUGAAAACUUAUUUUAUAUAUUCUCAAAUCAAACUGUUUAAAAAAUUUGUUAUUUAAUAAUUUAAUUCGAUUGAC